AUGGUAGAAGAAGCAAGCGAAGAUUUAGACUGCUUUGCCAGUUUUGAAAAUGAUUUAAAGGAGAUAGUUAAAAACCAAUAUUUUGGUUUGGCUUGUAAAUUAAGAGGAGAAGGGAAAGAUGCGAUAAAUUAUGGCAAAGUUGCGGUUGUUAAUUAUGGAAAGUAUCUUUUGCGAGCACAAGUUGUUGAAGGGUUUAAAACCCAAACUGAUGGUGAUCCUUUUAACUUAUCUAGAUUUAAACAUGAUAUUUUAGAAAUGUGGAAUACUCGGGAAUUAAUCGGAAUUCGGCAUAAUCCUUUUUCUAAAGAAGAAAGGCAAAAUAAUCCGGAAGUCACCAGAGGAGGUAAAUAUACCUUUCAAUUUGGUAGUUUGCCUACUUUACUAAUUGAAAAUAAAACUACCCAAUUGUUAGUCCAACAACCUUUUCAACAACUUCAACAAUCUAAUCAAGCUUUUUUAAAUUUAGAAGGAGAAUUAAAUUUGAAAGUUGAAGAAUUCCCCCAAUUGGAAAGAAUAUUUUAUACCAAAGAAGUCAAAAUAAUAAAACUUUUGACUUAUACUUCGCCAACUGAAAUAUUAGAUAAAAAAUAUCCAAAAGAUAAAGGUGCAAUUGCUAAGUUAGAUUUAUCUAAACAUGGACUAAGAGGAAAAUUAGAUUUAAAAGAUUUCACUGGUUUAGAGGAAUUAAAAAUAGAAUUAAGUUCUCCCGGACUUGACCGUUAUUUUAGUUCUAACUUUAUCACUGGUUUAGAUUUGAGUGCGAAUACUAAACUAAAAAAAUUAACUCUAACUAAUAGUCCAGCAGAAUUGGAUUUAGACAUUUUCACUAAUUUAACCGCUUUGGAAGAAUUAAAUAUUCCCAAAAAAUAUGUUCAUUGA